GUGACCAUGCUAAGGGUUUUGCUGAAGUGAAAGUGCUCCCUCAUCCUCACAGCCAGUUUUCCUGCCAUUCCAGGUAGUCAGGUUGGUCAGGUGUGACGUGUCCUUUGUAAAUUCCUGCUGACUGUGCUCUUCUCAUCCUUUGGGUGCUUGGCACUGAUUGCUGGGAGGAUUUACUCCCUCACCUUCCCAGGGACAGAGGUGACGUUGGGCAGGCUGUGGUUCACCUGCUGGAGCUGGAUGUGAGGUUUGCCCUCUCCCACUCACCAGGAACAUCCCGAUUGCUGCAACCUUCCAAAGAGAUCAGAGAGGAGCCUUGUCAGGGCAUUGUUCACCUCCCUCAGCAUCCUUGAGUGCAUCCCACCCGCUCCUAUGUAUGUGUCCCCUAAUCCAUUUUCCUCCAGGAUGGGAAUGCCUCACCGCUGCAGACUCCACCACUAGAACCAAGGAACUGGGAGGCUUGAGGGCAUCCCUGGCUGCAGGAAGCCCCUGUGGUGUUGCCAGCACUCAUAGGCACUGCUUCCCAAGCUGGCAUCUCCUGGAGGUGUGUGGGGUGGGGUGAUCCAAGGCACAGAGUCACGCUCUCCUAGAAGGAGUUUCAUUCUGUUUUGCCCCUGGCAACCUGCUGUGCUGAAUCAACACAAUCUCUGAGAUCUGCUGCCCUUAAUAAAUUAAUCUCAAGAGAUUCCGGUUUCCUUCCUCAUUCCAGUUCAUCUCAGACUGUCCUGGCAGAUACUUUGGGGCUUUCCAGGAGGAAUAAACUCACGGAUAUCGAAACCUGCCACAUCCACCUGGAGCUCCCCAGUGCCUGGAUUCCCAGUGGGCUGAGACCUCGCCCGUGCCCUGCGUGGGAGGCCUCUGGCGCGCUCUGCAAACUGCCCACUGCUGCCACAGCUCCUUUCAUUUUCACUUUUCUGGGCGUGGGAGCUUCAAAAGCCUCCGGGUCUGUGUCUGCAGCACCUCCGAGGGGAGCCACAGCUGUCCGGGCGGAGCGCAGAGUCCCUUAACCCGCAGCCCAGGAAACCCAGCACGGCCCGCGCUGGGAGCUGGGAACUGCUCCGCGCUGCGCUGGGGACGAGCCGGGGCCGACCCCCGUGUGUGGCGCGGAUGUCCCGCGAGUGGCGGCGGCCGAGCCACCCCCGUGCCCCGCAGAUCCCGCGGGCGCGGGGCGGGCGCGCCCAGCGCGCCGUGUACCUGCUGCUGGCGCUGUGCGCGGCCGCGCUCUGCCUGGCCGGGGAGCCCCUCGUGCCCGCCGCCCGCAGCCUCACCUUCCACUUCGCCACCCUGCAGAUCGGGGCGCUGCUCAAGGGCGCCUGCUACCUGGCGGAGGAGAUCUUCCACCUGCAGUCCAGGCACCACGGCAGCUUCUGGCGGGCCCUGAGCACGUGCUUCCCCCCACGCUGGCACGGGUCCAUGCUGCUCCUCUGCGCCUCAGCCUACGUGGCUCUCCCUGGGGAUGGGCAGCCCCUCGGCCUCCAACUCGGCCUGGCCAGCCUGUGCCAGCUCCUCAUCCUCGCCCUGGGGCUCCAGAAGCCCUCAGCAGUGGAGGUGUCUGAGAUGUCCGAGAGGUCCAAGCAGAACGUCGCCCAUGGGCUGGCCUGGUCCUAUUAUGUGGGGUACCUAAAAAUAGUCCUGCCACGGGUGAAAAAGUCCAUGGAGGAAUUCAGCAGCGCCAACCCCAACCUGCUGGUGUGCAGGAAGACUUGGAAGCUCCACAUCUUGAUCCCUCUGAGCUGUGAUGUCUAUGAUGACCUGGAGAAAGCUGACAGCAACAUCCAGUACCUGACAGACCUCAGUGAAACCACCAUGGCCCGAGCUGGCACCAAAAAGAGGGUCUACAAACACAGCCUCUAUGCAAUCAGGGAUGAAGAAAACCAGCCUCCCUCCAGCUGUGCAUCCAUCUUCCCAGUGUUUAUCCUCUUCUCUGCCCUCCUGCUCUCCAUUAGGAUGCUCAGACUUAGAAUCACGGAAUCAUGGAUUAUCCUGAGCUGGAAGGGACCCACAAGGAUCAUCCAGUCCAACUCCUGGCCCUGCACAGGACACCCCAACAAUCCUACCAUGUGCCUCAGAGUGUUUUCCAAAUGCUCCUUGAGCUCUAGUAUCCUUGGGGCUGUGCCCACUGCCCUGGGGAGCCUGUUCAGUGCCCAACCACCCUCUGGGGAAAGAACCUUUUCCUGAGAUCCAACCUAAACCUCCCCUGGCACGGCUCCAGCCGUUCCCUCAAGUCCUGUCACUGGUCACACAGAGCAGAGAUUGGUGCUGCCUCUCCACUGCCCUUUGUUUGGCAGAAAAGCCACCAAGAAGGUGUGAUCACAGGCAAGGGGUGUCUCUGCAGGGGACCAAAUUCCCCGGGGAAAAUCACUCUCCAGUCUGCUCUUGGGAGCCCUGGCAAAGCCAGUGGCUGCACCUUGUGGGCAGAGGCACACCUGAGCCCACCUGGACCUGCCAGGCCAGUUGCUCUUUCCCUGCUCUGCACAAUGUCCCAGGGGGACACUGGGACCAGACCCAGUGUCCCUGUCCCAGUGUUCCAGCACACAGCACCAGUGCAGGGCAGGCCAAGGAGCUGUCCAGGGGUCCUGAGGGCUCUGCCCAGAGCAAGUUCUCUCAACAGCCCUCUCCCAGGUCCUCCUGUCCCCAUGUCUUUUCCUGCCAU